GAACCCUUGGAAUUUUUUUUUGUUGCUGGCUGCUGCUGUGGAAAUGAAUUUUAUGCGGUCCUGAUUUUCCUUCCCUAUCUUUCCUUCUCUUUUGUACUUCCCACCUCGAACCAAAGAACGGCCCUACCCCGCGUAUCACAAGUCCAGACCACCAGCCCACGCGCUUUGCUUAUUCGCCGCACGAGCUUCGUUCUGGUCUGUAUUUGCGACCGGCCGAGACAUCUGCAUACACCCGACUCGACUACGGCUCGCUACCUGCAGCAACCCAUAGCCCAACAUGGUCGAGAAGCUCUACGUCACCUACAAUGAUGUCCACAAGCUCUGCCAGGAGGCCGCCCCGCACAUCCUCGACAACUUCAAGCCCCACCUGAUGAUCGCCAUCGGCGGCGGCGGCUACGUCCCCGCCCGCAUCCUGCGCUCCUUCCUCAAGAAGCCCGGCAGCCCCAACAUCCCCAUCCAGGCCAUCGGCCUGUCGCUCUACGAGGCCCUCGGCGGCGGCGACGGCGUGGUCGAGGAGCCCGGCAAGCAGGUCACCCGCACCCAGUGGCUCGACCUGACCAGCCUCGGCGAGAUGAAGAACCUCAUCGGCAAGAAGAUCCUCAUCGUCGACGAGGUCGACGACACCCGCACCACCCUCGAGUACGCCGUCAAGGAGCUCGAGAAGGACGUCGAGGCCGCCCGCCAGAAGCUGGGGCUCGAGGGCGACAGCGCCAAGACCGAGUUCAGCAUCUUUGUGCUGCACAACAAGGACAAGCAAAAGAAGGGAACCCUCCCCGCCGAGAUGCUCGACGCCGGUCGCUACAUGGCCGCCCGCACCGUCGGCGACGAGUGGAUCUGCUACCCCUGGGAGGCUGACGACAUCGAAGAGCACGACGAGCUCUCCAGGCAGAUGAAGGCGAAGCAGGCUAAUGGGUCCUCAUGAGUACGGGAAUCUCCUGAUACGGAGUCGAGAGACCGCGCAGCCCCGCGCUGAGGGUCACCCCGGCAUGCGGCCGUCCAGCCUACACUACACGCCCGGCUGGGAUACGCGCACAUGCUUGUUUUGUCCUAUGUUGGAACAGACACGGGGCAUACAUGCUCGGAUCACCCGAUUCGUCCCCGGGCGGCGCUACAAAGCGUUGAUGCCCUGUGUGAUGUCAACGUCUAAUUUGGAGGCUACAGCCGGCAUCAUUUAGGGAGGGCGGCUAUCUGCUUACAUGGUUGGAAUCUAUUUUUUCUGGUGAGCCAUCGAGAGCGCUGCCUCGAUUUGGGGCUUGGGAUGGGCUGCAUAGCGAGGUUUGAAUAGGGUAGCUGCAAAAAGGGGAUCGUGAAAACCAGGUGGGACUGGAGAGGCGACUCAUUACCACCGGCCGUUUCGCUGAGCCAAAAACAAAUACAAGAACGAGAGUUGCAGAAUUAUGCCAAGUGAA